UUGUCCAUGAGAAGCCUCGCUGUGCAAGAAGGUUAAGAGAAAGAAGUAGGGUUGAGCGGGAACAGGUCGCGCCGCAGCCAUGCCGCCCCGCAGGUUCGCCUUCGGCCGCACCGACGAUGCCGUCCACCCGGAUACCAUGCGUGCCGCUCUCUCGGAGUUCAUCGCCACCGCUCUCUUCGUCUUCGCCGCCGAGGGCUCCAUUCUCUCUCUCGGAAAGCUCUACAAGGACACCUCCACCGCAGGGGGGCUGGUGGUGGUGGCUAUAGCCCACGCGCUAGCUUUGGCUGUAGCCGUGGCCAUCGCCUUUAACAUAUCGGGUGGCCACGUCAAUCCUGCGGUCACGCUCGGCGCUCUCGUCGGCGGCCGGAUCUCCCUUGUGCGGGCGGUAUUCUACUGGGUGGCGCAGCUACUCGGCGCCGUCGUAGCCGCCCUCCUCCUCAGGCUCGCGACCGGUGGCAUGAGGCCGGUUGGAUUCUCGGUGGCGUCGGGCGUCAGUGAUUGGCACGCCGUCCUGCUGGAGAUAGUGAUGACGUUCGGGCUGGUCUACACCGUCUACGCGACUGCGAUCGACCCCAAGAGGGGGCACCUCGGCACCAUCGCGCCUCUGGCCAUUGGCUUCAUCCUGGGCGCCAACAUCCUUGCCGGGGGACCGUUCGACGGCGCGGCAAUGAACCCGGCGAGGGCCUUCGGACCGGCACUUAUCGGGUGGAGGUGGAAGCACCACUGGGUGUACUGGGUUGGCCCCUUCAUAGGUGCAGCACUUGCAGGCGUUAUGUAUGAGUUCCUUAUGAUCCCAGCUGAGGCUCCUCGCACUCACCAGCCUUUGGCUCCUGAGGACUAUUAGCCUCUCUCUCUCGCUCUCUCUCUCUCUCUCUCUCUCUCUCGUUGUGGGGUGUCUUUUUAGUACAGUAUUUAUCAUCUUAAGGUAGGAAUAACUGCUAUAGUUAAUAAAUGUUAAACUGGCUUCCAUAUAUGUAUGUCUAUAUGCAAUGCUUAGGCUGGAAAUUUGGAUGCUUAUUUGUAA